CGGGUUUAAGUUUCAUCCAAUAAGGCCAGGGGUUAAAGUUGAAAGGUCCCAUCCAAAAUGGCGGCGAGCAAGCGGGUUUUGUAUGUCGGUGGGCUGGCGGAGGAAGUGGACGAGAAAGUCUUGCAUGCUGCUUUUAUUCCCUUUGGAGACAUCACAGAUGUCCAAAUACCAUUAGACUACGAGACAGAAAAGCACAGAGGUUUUGCAUUUGUUGAGUUUGAACUGGCAGAGGAUGCUGCUGCAGCUAUUGAUAACAUGAAUGAAUCCGAGCUUUUCGGUCGGACUAUCCGUGUCAACAUCGCCAAGCCAAUGAGAAUAAAAGAAGGAUCCUCUCGACCAGUGUGGUCGGAUGACGACUGGCUGAAGAAGUUCUCAGGAAAGACUUUAGAAGAGGCUGAGGUCGAGGCUGCAGGAGAAACAGCCAAGACUGCUACUCAAGAGGCAGAGCCCCCUGUUAAAAAGGGAAGAAUUAAUCCGCAGGUCUACAUGGAUAUCAAGAUCGGCAACAAACCUGCAGGAAGACUUCGCUUCCUCCUUCGGGCCGACGUUGUUCCCAUGACAGCAGAAAAUUUCCGUUGCUUAUGCACACAUGAAAAGGGAUUUGGCUAUAAAGGGAGCAGCUUUCAUCGCAUCAUUCCCCAGUUCAUGUGCCAAGGAGGUGACUUCACCAACCACAACGGCACCGGCGGCAAAUCCAUUUAUGGACGAAAGUUCGAUGAUGAAAACUUUGUCCUCAAACACACCGCUCCAGGGCAGCUCUCCAUGGCCAACUCUGGAACUAACACCAAUGGCUCCCAGUUCUUCAUCACCAAUGACAAAACAGACUGGCUGGAUGGCAAACACGUGGUGUUUGGAGAGCUGGUGGAGGGGAUGGAUGUACUUCGUGAAAUGGAGGCUCAGGGGACAAAAGAUGGCAAAGCAAAGCAGAAAGUCAUCAUCUCAGAUUGUGGAGAAUGUGUGUAAAUGAAAGCCAAUUUAAUAUGCGCCUUUGUGUGUGAACAGCGCCAUUCAAAUCUUUUGCCAUGUAAAUAUUUCAAACAUUUUUUUAAAUAAAGAAACUGCAACAGUUGGA